CUUUUUUGACACUUCAUCCUCAAAGCCUUUUCCAAUCUAUAUAUAUAUACACACACACACACAUAAACUCUAAAACAAAGCAUAUCCAAGCUUCUUCUUCUCCUUCUUCUUGUUGUUGUUGUUGUUCUACAUAGCAAAGAAGCAAACAUGAGUUACUACAAUCAACAACAAGCACCUCCUCCUUCAUAUCCUCCUCCAGCAUCAACAGAGGGGUACCCUACAUACGUUGCACCUCCUCCGGCAGGUUAUCCGACCAAAGACGAUGCCGCUUACUCUCAAAACGCUCCUGCACAGACUAAGAGCCGUGGCGAGGAGGGUGGUUUUUGGGAAGGAUGGUAAGGGGGUUUUUUUUUUAGAACCCU